AUGGGCAAGUUGAGUUCUCUUCUUUCAAUGUGGGAGAAGAAAGCAGAAUCGAAUAAUAAUAACACUGCUUCUAACAUUCCACCAAAACGAACAAUUUUCAAGAAACCAACUAGUUCUGAUGAUAACCAACCACAGAAUAUUCAAACUAUUCCGGACGAAAGUAGUAAACCAUCAAAUAUCAUCAUUAAUGAAAAUAUUCGAAACGAAACAAUCACUUCUAAUGAUCAAUCAAAUUCUAUUGAACCAUCAGCUCCACCACAAGAAGAAACUCACACAACAUUGGAAGAAUCUCAAGACGAAACAACAUCAACUAUUGUUCCACCACAAGAAGAAACUCCUUCAGCACCAUUGGAAUCUCAAGACGAAUCCUCUAUUGUUGUUGAAGAAUUACCUUCAUCAUCCAUUGUAGAAUCAUCAACAGAAAAUUCCUUGGAAGAAACCUCUCAAGUAGUAGACGAAACUAUUCCAGAAGAAACCUCUGAAACUAUUCCACAACAACAAGAAGAAGAAGAAACCAUUUCCACACAAGAAAUUCCACAGCAAGAACAAGAAGAAACCACUCCUCAAAUUCCAGACGAAACUACCGAAACUAAUCAAGAGGAAAUUCCACAAGAUGCAACCAAACAAGGUGAAUUUUUAGUUUCUCUCUCCGAAUUGAAAGCAAUUGUUUCAUCCUCUCCAAUGUCAAGCUCACUCCAACCCAUUCAACGACAAUUAGAUUUGAUUUUACAACAAAAUAAUUGUCAAACAAGAGAUGAGCUACCAUCUACUGUAGCAUUUACAUUUGACAGUUUGAAAACAACUCUUGAUUUAUAUAUGGAUAAUAUAUUUACAAUUAAUUCGAUUAUUUCUUCUGUUUUGCAAGUGAUGGCACUUGGAAAAGUGACAGAUGAUUUAAGAUUGGUUGUGAAAGUAUUGUUGAGACAUUGUCAUUUGAUUGAAAAGCAAGAUUCGAAUAUUAUUACACUCUUUUCAUUGUUUAUUCAAAUGGCAUUUGGAACUCAGGAAAAAAUUGACCUAUUGUUGGAUAUUUUGAGGAAUGAUAAUAUGAAUCAAUUGGUAAUUAAGUAUGGAGCUAGUGAAACUUCAAAGGCAGUUUUGGGAGCUGUAUAUCCAACAUUGGCCAAGGUAGAUUUCAAAAUGUUUUUCCAAAGAUAUUCCAAAGUUUAUUUUGCAGCCAAAUUGCCAGCAACUGUCUGUGCUAGUUAUUGUGCACAGGUCUAUAAGGAGGCAGCCAAAUAUCCAGAAUAUGUGGAGCCAUUCAUUGAAGAGGCUGUUGUUACAUUGGGAGAUUUAAUCAAGCUGAGAAAUGAACCAAUUGAAAGACUUUUCUGUAAUGGAUUGUAUAAUAUGGUUAAGGAUAAUCCAGAAAAGUUUUUCAAUAGUGAAAAAUAUGAUUUCUAUGAGACAUCAAUCAAUGAGAGUAAGAAACUCUUGUUUGACAGCAAUAAGACCUACAUUGAAGAAUUAUUUGAUUUGAAGAAGAAUUUGCAAAGUGGAGAUGACGAUUCACAAGCAGGUGAAGAUUUCAUUCUCCUCAUUGAAUUUAAUGGAAAGAAGAAGAAGACUAAGGAAUCUGGAAAUAUCACUUUUGCAUUACUUGUCAAGUCCAUUCUUGAAAAGUUCCAAAUCCAAGAAGAACAUCAAAGCAUGAAUGAAUUGUUUGAUAGGGGAGUUAUUGUAGAAUACUUUGAAGAUUCUAUCAAUGAUUGGGUUGAAUUAGAGAGAAUUGAAGAUAUUCCUAGAUCACCAAAAGUUGCCAAGAUUAGAAUUAUUAAGGAAGAAAUCCAAGUCAACCAAAUCAGUCAAAUUAUUGAAAGAAACACUAAUAUUCAGUUGGUCAAUGACAAGUAUCAAAUCUUGAAACGUAUUGGUAAGGGUGGUUUCGGUAGUGUUUAUUCUGCCAAUGCCUAUUCCUCAACAGAGACCAAACCAUCUCUUUGUGCCCUUAAAUACAUUGAAAUUGACAGUAUUGUAAACUUUAACAGAUCCAUGAGAGAAGGUAUUCAAAUGUUGCAAUUGGAUCACGCAAACAUUGCCAGAAUUUCAGAUGUCUUUGAAGUUCAAAGCUCUGACAUUGGUAUUAUGGGUGUUGAAACAAAGAGAUAUCUUUGUUUCGCCAUGCCAUUGUACAGUCAUGGUGACUUGUAUGAGCUUGUUAAGAAUCAAUCUCAAAUCAUUACUGAAAAGUUAUUGGGCUCAAUUAUGAAACAAUUGAUGGAUUCCUUGACCUAUUUACAUGAAGAAUAUUCAAUUGUCCACAGAGAUAUCAAACCUCAAAACGUCUUGAUUGAAUCCAUUGAUUUGGCUAACAAGACACUCAAACCAAUCUUGUCUGAUUUUGGUUUGGCUAAGACUUUACUCAAAACUGAAACUCAAGUUGCAGGUACUGCAAGUUAUAUGAGUCCUGAAAUGUCAAGUAGAAGAGGAUACAACCUCUCAACAGAUAUCUGGUCGAUGGGAGUCAUGUUCUACCAAUUACUUUCAUUUGAUUUUAAUACUGAUGUGAAAGGAAAAGUCCAAAAUGGUGAAUUCGACUUUUUGACCACCCAAAUCGAGAGAACUUGGUCUGGACAAGAUUUGGAAAUUAUUACCUCACUUAAAAAACUCACAUUUGACAUGUUAAAUUUGGAUCCAGAUUCAAGACCAACUGCCAAACAAGCUUUUGAAGCAUUGGCUUCCUAUUAAAAUCCUUUUCUCUUUCU